GGAGAAUAAAUAUUUCUUCUGUUGAAUAAAGAGCAUGCACUCUUAUUCUGUCUUUCCUGUUACGUCACUUCCUGACCCUUUCUCUUUCCUUUCCGUGUCGGCCAUUUGUGUUAAUCGACUGAGCUGAUAAAGAUGCAGAACGACGCUGGUGAAUUCGUGGACCUGUACGUCCCUCGUAAAUGCUCUGCUAGCAACAGGAUCAUUGGUGCCAAGGACCAUGCCUCCAUCCAGAUCAACAUUGCUGAGGUGGAUAGGGCAACAGGCAGGUUCAACGGACAGUUCAAGACUUACGCCAUCUGUGGCGCCAUCCGUAGAAUGGGUGAAGCUGAUGACUCCCUCCUGAGGCUCGCAAAGAACGACAGCAUUGUGGCAAAGAACAUCUAAGUGUAAGGAUGGGCUCUGGAAGUUUCUUUGUAAAAUAAAAAAAUAAAAUUGGA